UACAAAUAUAAUGGAUAUGAGGAUUCAUGUUAAUAGUAAUAGUUAAAUACAUUUAAUAUUAAUUGACUAGUUUAGAUUUUAUAAAGACAAAAUUACAAGGUUCUAGAUCUAAUGCAAAAAUAGGUUCAUUUCUAAUAUAUUGUAAGUAUUAUAAUAUACCAAUUCUAAUUUAUAAAAACAGUAUAGUAUGUUAUUUCCUUCUUCUUCCUCUCGCUUCUUUCCCCCUCCGCCUUCCUCCUCCUCUUCUUCCAUCUCCUUCUCUUUCCUCCCCUUCUCAUCAUCUUUUUCUGUAUCCUUUUUUGCCCUCUCCUGCUCAUCGUCCUCCCUCUUCUUUUUCCUCCUCAACCUCCUUCCUUCUCCUCAUACGCUUUCUUCUCUCUUCCUUUGCUCUAUUGCUUCCUCUUAUUUCUCCUCCUCAUUUCUUCUGUCUCUUUCUCCUCUCCUACUUUUUUCUCCUCUUCCUAUUUUUCUUCCAUCCUCUUCACUCCUCCUCUUUCCUCUUCAUGUUCAUUGAUAUAUCAAUGCUAUAAAUAUAAAUUAUUUAUUUUAUUCUAUUAUUGUUUAACAUACUAUUCUAUUUUAUAAAUUUUUAUAUAAAAUGUCUAUGUUAAAUUCAAAAGAAUGGAAUGUGUGUCAUCUUAUUUCAAUACGUGUUCACGAUCACUUGCGCAAAAAGUUAACAAAAAUUCUGUUUUUCUGGCCAAAUAUCACAUCUUACCGUGUAAAUAAUACAUUGUCACUUUCUACAUUUCUUUUCUCAAUAUGUAUAUUUAUGAAAUUAACCCUAUAAAUAUAACUUAAGCUCGAGCAUCAACCAAACCUUUCAUCCGACAUCUCUCUCCCUCUCUCUCUUUUUUCUUUCAGAACAAUAGAUUCGAGGAUUAGUCUUUGUUCAGUGCUAACGUACGCAUACAUAUGUUUCCGUUGCCUUUGUUUUUUAUAAUUAAGACUCGGUUUUUGAUUUUGGUUUUGUGAGGUGGCUAUCUUCUUCGUUCAUAUUCUUCUUCUUACGUAGUAAUUAACAGCUUUAUAAAAAUCCUUACAAGCAUGUAAAUUAACGUCCCAGAUCCAUUUUCUUCUCCUUAAUUAUAAAAAAGAUUUUAAUCGAUAGAUAAGUUUUCAUUCAUUUGUGUCUCUGGUUUUAAUUUGUGUUUGGUGAAACUAGUACUGGCAAAACUUGAAGCAACAAGUGUAAACCCAAAUUUAUAAACGUCAAAUCAUGUAAAAUUCGUCUCUAUUAAAUUUAUCUUCCUCCUACAAAAAAAAAAACAAAAAAAGUAUUUUCUUCAAAAUAAAAUAAAUAAAAAAACUACCCGAAAAGGUUAGGAUGUCUCCGCCGGAGGCUGAAAUGGGUGCGGUGGCGGUGACCGCUCCGCCGAAGCCAGGAACCCCGAGAGGACCGUUGAUCACGGGGAUGAGAGUUGAUUCAGUGUCGUUCGAUCAUCGGAAACCGAUACCUCCAUGCAAAUGCUUGCCGAUGAUGGGAAACCCUUGGGGUCAACACGACACGUGCUUCACCGAUAUUCCCUCUCCUGGUGUCUCCCUUACUCGCAAGCUCGGGGCCGAGUUCGUGGGAACAUUCAUCUUGAUAUUCACCGCGACAGCCGGUCCAAUCGUGAACCAGAAAUACGACGGAGCUGAAACCCUAAUCGGUAACGCAGCAUGCGCAGGACUCGCAGUGAUGAUCAUAAUUCUCUCAACUGGUCACAUAUCAGGGGCUCACUUAAAUCCAUCAAUGACCAUAGCAUUCGCAGCUCUAAGACACUUUCCUUGGGCCCAAGUACCUGCUUACAUAGCGGCCCAAGUCUCAGCUUCCAUUUGCGCUUCAUUCGCACUCAAAGCAGUUUUCCAUCCUUUCAUGUCAGGAGGUGUGACUGUUCCUUCUGUUAGUGUUGGACAAGCCUUUGCUCUUGAGUUUAUCAUCAGUUUCAUUCUCCUCUUUGUUAUUACUGCCGUUGCCACCGAUACCCGUGCCGUUGGAGAAUUGGCCGGUAUAGCUGUUGGAGCAACUGUCAUGCUCAACAAUCUUGUCGCAGGGCCAUCGAGUGGUGCAUCUAUGAAUCCCGUUAGGACUCUAGGACCAGCCCUUGCAUCAGGAAACUAUAGGUCACUUUGGGUUUAUAUGGUAGCUCCUACACUUGGUGCCAUAUCUGGAGCAGCCGUCUACACAGGUGUCAAGCUUAACGAUAACGUGUCGGAUCCCCCACGCCAGGUUAGAAGCUUCCGCCGUUAAGUGAGAGACUUGUCCACAAGUCUUCUGCUUGUUACUGUUACUGUAUAAUUUAUGAUAAUGUAAUGAUAUGAAAAGCUUUGGAAGCUUGUGUGAAGAAUAAAAGGCGAUGAAAAAAAAGAAAAGAAUAAAAGGCGAUGUGACUACAAGUCCACGCUCUAUGUGUGCAUAGCAUCGGUUUGUCAAUUGCGAACUCGUCUCGUCAUUGUUAAAUUGUGUCUUGUGUGAUAAUACACUUUGUUUGGUGUGGGUUUCUCCAUUGGUUUGAUGUUGUAUAUAGUUACAGCAUCGAUUGAUGAUGUCAGAUAUUUUGCAAAGUAUCGAUCUAGACGCAAAAGCGUGAAUGAAAACUAAGAAUA